CAAUUCAAUUCAACAAAGCUUAGAUUAUUUGUUUGGAUUUGAGGAAUAGCCAUGGCCGCUAACACGUCCGGUGUCUCCAAUCCGAAACUGGAUGUCGAGUAUGAAGAUGAAGGUGAUGAUGGUUGGAGCUCACCCUCUGAGUGGGAUUACAAACUACAUGAAGUUCCAUCCGACGGAAAAGAUGGUCCUGUGAUCAAUCUUCUCUGCAAAUUGGCUCUUACUCAUUACCAAAAUAGCCAUCAGCCAGGAGAAACUUACGAGUUUGUGAGCAUACAGAAGGUACUGUGCGGGCUUGUUUCCGGUGUAGAGUAUUCCGUCACAUUUUGGGCCAAAAAUCUGAAGAGCAAUGUGGUUGAAACAUUUGAAGGUCGUGGUUAUGAUAUGAUUGGAGAAGAUGAGUUGAAAAUAGUGAGUUGUGCCCUGAAAGAAUAGGGUAUUUAGCACAAAUUUCUUGAAAUAAUAGGGUAUUGUUUAGGAAUGUCACCACUGCUGUGUGUGUGUGUGUUUUUUUUUUUUUAAGGAUUUUGCUGUAAUUUCCGCUGAUUUAAUCUAGUCAGUAUUAUCGCACUCGCUGGCUGGCUGUCUGUCUUCGGAACUGAAUCAUGAAUAUUAUGGUCUAUUUUAUUACUGUUU